AAUAGUUCUCUUUCGGUCUUCUCUCAAAUCCUCUAUCCAUCUACUUCACCAAGUAAGCUCAGUACCCAUCGUCUUCCUCCAUUUCUCCAACCUUCUGUGACCCUCCUCCAUUUUCCUAUCCUAAAACCCUAACUCUCUCUCUCUCUCUCUCUCUCUCUGUGUCUCUCUCACCGACAUGGCAUCAAUAAACUUCAACCCCUUUGACCACUGGUUCAACAAACCCCCAAACCCCAUCGCACCCAUCAACCUCCUCUCAUUCCACGACUCUUUCUCGCCCAAAACCCACACAAGUUUUGCAGCAAUAAGCUUCUCAAACCCCUUCCGGAGAAACCCAAAACCUAAACCCAAAAAACCCGGUGACCCAAACCCAGACGAACCCGGCCCGUACCGAAAAAUGCUGGACCAGUUUUUCUGGGAAUGUGAGAACCUCCCCGAUUACCGACACACCCCAGAGGUGGAGAAGAUCCUGAACGAGGACCCGUUAGUCGAGAAGAAGGAGAACCCGACACAGGAGGAGAUUAGAGAGAACGAGGAGUUCUGGGCCCGGUUCCAGGCCAGCCCGGUGGUGCAGUUUCUGGCCCGGGCCGAGGAGAUAGCCGAUAAGAUCAACGAGCUGGAGCUGAAGGAGAACGACACGCCGUUCCGCAAGGAGGACAAGAAGCUGUGGCAGGCGCUGCCGCACGUGCCGGGGUUGGACGGCAGGCCUAUGCCGAGGAAGGCGAUCAAGACGAGGAAGGAGUCGGACGACAAGUUUUGGGACUUUGCGAGGCAGUUCUUCUUCGGGCUUUGGGGUUUUCGUCAGAGGCCCUACCCUCCCGGCCGGCCCAUCGAUGUUGCUCAGGCUAUUGGGUACAAACGCCUCGAAAAGCGGUACUAUGAUUUUAUCAUGAGAGGUGGUGGAUUUUACUACAAGGAUCGAAUGGGUCGAACAAGGGGACCUUCUGAGCUAAUACAGCUUAAAACAGCUUGGGGUGGUGGGAUUAUUGAUAAGGACACUUUCAUUUGGGGUGACGACAUGGAUGAAUGGGCACCAAUACACAUGGUUUAUGGCUUGGAACCUGCGAUUGCCACUUGGGAAGUUAGACUCGGUGCUGCUGCAACAGCUUUUCUUCACAAACUACAAAAAGGUAUACCUCCUUGGGUUCCUCUCAAGGGACAUGAGAAGAAAACCUAUAAGCAGCUCCAAGACGAGGCUAUAGAGAGUAAGAGACGUGAUCUAGCAGUACUGGAAGCUAAUGGCGGUGUUUGGCCAGGGGUUAAAAUUCCUACUCAUGCCCUAUUCCUUUGGGCUAGUGGUUCUGAACUGACCACACUUUUGGGAGAGGAUCACAUGCCAAACAAGUACAUACCAAAAGAUCUUAGAUACCAAUUGGCUAAAAUCAUCCCUGGAUUAAGGCCAUGGGAGGUUUUAAGUAUAGAACAAGCAAUGGAUCAGAUAACAUAUCGUGGGGAGUGGUAUCGUGAACCUCUUGGUUCAUACACAACGGGUCCUCCAUACAUCAGACAUUGGAAUGAGGAUGUCAAGCGAUUGUUAAAUCUUUUCAUCUACCUUAGCACCCGAGUUUACCGCAAAAUGGAGCAGACAAUUCCUGGUUUUAAUACCAUAAUGGAAAAAGUCGAAGCUGAUGUUGCUGCAAGGCGAGCAAGAAGGAAAGCGAUGAGGGAGGCAAGAAGGAGAUCGAGCUGAGUAGAAGAAAUCUUUGUGAGGUCGUUCAAAAUAGCAUCAGGAGAUUUCAUAGUUCAGCAGUUUGUAUUGAAAUGACCUUACAGCUCUCUACCUUCCCUUCAUGUUGCAACUUAUGCAUGUUCUGACCAUUCUUCUUUCUGCUGUAAAACUGAAAGGUUGUGUAACACACCGGUCCCAUAUUGGGAAGAGAUGAAUAGCUCACAUAGAGUAAGUAGUUUAUAAGAGAUAGUCAUGAGUGCUAAGUCUCACAUUGUCUAGUUACUAGGUAAAACUGAGAUUUAUAAAGAAUUUUUAGGGGUGCUUAAAAUUGACUUAGUCUUUUUUGAGUGAUAGCGCAGAUGUGGCUAGCGCUUUUCACUAGGUCGUUACAUUGCGUAUAUUCAACAUACUAGCGUUCGAUGUACUUCAUGUUGGGCACUCAGAUUGUUCUCAUUCUAAUGCAAGACUAUUCUUUUGUUCG